AUGACCUCUUUCAAAAAGGAAUAUGAGGGCGUUUUGUCGCCUGAACAUCCUCUGCCACCCGACCUCGCUCCCGACUCCGUGCCCGACGCGUUGGUGAACGAUGUCAUUACCACCCACGACAAGAACCAUCCCAUCCACUGGCCAACAUGGCUGAAAUGGCUUAUUGCAAUCACAUACUCGCUCCUCCAGGUUCUCGUUACAAUGCAGUCCACCAGCUAUGUCAGCGUCGAGACCAUCAUCCAGGAGAAAUUCGGUGGUUCUACACAGGUGAUCGCGUUGGGUCAGAGCAUGUUCAUCGCUGGCACAGCGGUCGGCCCUGCCUUUAUGGGACCAUUGUCUGACAUCGGUGGCCGGAAAUGGGUCUACGUGGUCUCUGUGUUCAUCUAUGGACUCUGCCAGAUCGGAUGCGCUCUCGCUCUCAAUCUCCCCAUGAUGAUCAUCUUCAUGCUUCUGUGCGGCAUUGCAGGCAGUACGGCCUUGUCGAACGUUGCCGGUACCAUCGCGGACCUUUUCGGAGACGCCGACCAUGCUGCACAGCCCAUGGCCUUGUUCGUCAUGUCCGCGAACACCGGUCCCAGUAUCGGGAGCCCAAUUGGUGAAUGGAUUGGGUUUAAUCCCCAUAUGGGCUUGAAUUGGGUCUUUUGGAUCAACUUGAUUUUUGCCGGCUUCUUCGUAGUGGUCAUGUCGUUCAUCCCGGAGACUCUGCCUAGGAUGGUCAUCGCCCGCGCCGCGAAGAAGGAGCUAGCCGCUAAUGAGGCCGAUGUCGUUGUCACCCCCCCAAAGGUGAAUGUGUUGAAGGAAAUGCGUUUCGUCACUACCAUGACCUUCCGUAUCAUGUUCACGGAACCGAUUGUCGCAUUCUUAGGUCUCUUCAAUGGUUUCGCCUACGGGCUCUUGUUCUUGUAUCUGGACGGCGUUUACGAUGUGUUCGCAUUCAACAACCAUCUUUCCUAUAUCGGUGCCGAUCUCACCUUCCUCAAUUUCGUCGUCGGUGUCGGGAUCAUGUUUGUUUUCUUUGCUCCCAUCCAGACAUGGUUAUAUAGCAACGACCGAAAGAGGCACGGGAAGGCGCGCCCGGAGGCCCGUUUCCUCAUUUCCUUGGUGGCAGUCUGGGGAUUCCCGAUCUCGCUCUUCUGGUUCGCUUUUACCUCAAACGGCAAGACUUCAUUCUGGUCACCCGUGGUGGCAGGUGGUAUGCUGGGCGUGUCGGAUCCUUUGCUAUGGCUGAACAUGCUCAACUACAUCACCGAUACCUACCCCAACGUGGCUGCGUCGGCAGUUGCCGCAUUUUUGAUACCCAGUUUCGCCCUUGCAGCCGGGUUUGUGCACAUUGGCAUUGUUAUGUUCGACAGAAUGUCGACAACUUGGGCUUUUGCAACCCUGGCGUUUAUCUCGUUGGGGAUUGUUGCCCUGGUCUACGUCCUUUAUUUCUUCGGCCCCGCAUUGCGCAGGAUGUCCAAACUUGCAAGACGGCUCUGA